CUUGGAUAAGUUGGAUCAAGUAAAAAAAAAAAAAGUUUUCCUAUCCUUUUAAAUAUUUAAUAAUUUGAAAUGUUUGGUUUGAAUAAAGCCCUUCAAAGGCUAAUUAUCGCCGAUCUACCUAUUAUCCAAAAAACUAGUGUGAGAUUCAAAACAAAACAUGUAGAACUGCCGGAAAUUGGCCAUGGAGUUGCUUUUAGGAGGACAGUACAUUAUCCAGAAGAGUACACUGUAAAACCAUUAGAUGUAACAAAUUUAGGAGGUAGGGAUCCAAAGACUGGGAGAAUGGUGGUCAAGGGAAUUGGGGGUGGUAUUAAACAUAAAUAUCAUUGGAUCGAUUGGAAGAGAGUCGGACCUAAAGAGGGACCUCCUCAGGUUGAGAGAGUAAUUAAAAUAAUAAAAGAUGGGUGCAGAACUGCUUAUGUAGCUUUGGUUGCAUAUGAAGAUAAACUAAAGUAUAUCUUAGCCACCAAUAAUAUGAAAGCGGGUGAUCUAAUAAAAACAUCUUGUCAUAUCCCUAGAAUACCAGUUAGAGCAAAUGAAGGGGAUGCCUAUCCCUUGGGAGCUCUGCCAAUAGGAACUGAAGUAAAUUGUAUUGAAAAAUAUCCUGGUCUGGGUGGAUUUCUAGUACAUUCUGCAGGAUGUUAUGCGACAAUAUCCCGUAAGGCUCCCAAUAAUCGAAUUGUGAUUAUGAUGCCUAGUAAAAAGGAGUUUAGUUUACCACAAGAAUGUAUGUGCACGGUAGGAAGACUGAGUAAUGCCGAACAUGCUGAUACACCUAUUGGAUCUGCACAAAAAAAUAGGGAACUUGGUAAUAGGCCAAGAUCAGGUUUGUGGCAGAGAAAGGAUGGCAGAUUUGGACGAAAAAUCAGAAAACCGCCUCCAGUAAAGAUCAUUACCGCAAAAAGGGGAGCUGAUCCUGAAGUAAUCACUUUGAGCUGUGAUCGUCCAUUUGUGAAAACUUUACGAGAACAAUUUCAUUUUUAAAAAUGUUUUGAAUAAACUUUAAUCCAUUUAUUAAGUUCUUUUGGGUCUUUCCCUAUGUACAGUUACCUCAG